AUGGUUACUAACCUUGCCUUCCGCUUCGAUGACGUGCAGUUAGCAGGGCCAGACAUGCUGAUCGAUGGCUACGACAAUUACGGUCAAGAGAGUGAGGUCGUCAACAUCUCCCCGGACGAUGUCUCAGAAGAACCUGCGGAAGCCCUUCCCCGGGCUGAUGACUUCGAGACAAUGAAACGUCAUGUCCUUGUCGACCUGCCUGAUGUCGAAGUUGAAGCCGAAGCAUAUCAUACAUGGCACAUAGAAAAAUGGCGGACACUUUCUCGGAGAGAACAUGGGCCAGUAUUCGAGUGUGGCGGGCAUCCCUGGAGGGUGCUAUUUUUCCCGUAUGGAAAUCAAGUCGACUGUGCAUCCUUCUACCUAGAACACGGUUUCGAGGGCGAUCCGCCGCCCGACUGGUACGCCUGUGUUCAGUUUGCCCUCGUCCUGUGGAAUCCGAACGACCCAACCCUGUACCGCACCCAUACCGCCACUCACCGUUUCAAUGCCAAAGAAGGAGACUGGGGCUUCACCAGGUUUGUGGAACUUAGGAAGGCUUUCCACCACCCCUGGGAAGAUAGUCAGAGACAUUUGGUGGAGAACGAUGAAGCCAAACUCACGGCGUAUGUCCGCAUCAUCAAAGACCCUACCGGCGUCCUGUGGCACAACUUUGAAGGAUACGACUCUAAGAAGGAGACCGGCAUGGUCGGUCUAAAGAACCAGGGCGCAACCUGUUAUUUGAACUCUCUUCUCCAAUCUCUUUAUUUCACAAACUUGUUCCGGAAGGCCGUCUACCAAAUCCCUACCGAGCAGGAAGCCAACCGGAGUAACAGUGCCUGGACACUCCAGCGUUUAUUCUACAGACUUCAAAAAGAUAGGUUUGCUGUCUCAACUAACGAGUUGACCGCAUCCUUCGGAUGGGAUACUCGGCAAAUUUUCGAGCAGCAAGACGUCCAAGAACUGUCCCGAAUAUUGAUGGAAGUCUUGGAGAAGAAGAUGAAAGGCACACCUGCGGAACGAACCCUGCCUGAACUCUUUGUUGGGAAGACCAAGACUUACAUAUCAUGCAUAAAUGUCGACUUUGAGUCUUCGAGGAUAGAGGAAUUUUGGGACAUCCAGCUCAAUGUCCGAGGCAACAAAAAUCUGCACGAGAGUUUCAUGGACUAUAUCCAAGUCGAGACCCUAGAGGGUGAGAACAAGUACGAUGCUGGUGAGCCUUACAAGCUGCAGGAUGCUCGGAAAGGUGUCAUUUUCGAAUCGUUCCCCCCUGUGCUCCACCUGCAGCUAAAGAGAUUCGAAUAUGAUAUCAAUCGUGAUGCCAUGAUGAAGGUCAACGACAGACAUGAGUUUCCUGAAGAAUUCGACGCGUCUCUUUACCUCUCGGACGAAGCCAAAGCGGCGUCGACGGAACCGUGGAUUUACCAAUUACACGGCGUCCUCGUCCACAGCGGCGAUUUCAAUGCAGGCCACUAUUACGCUUUCCUUAAGCCGACGAAGGACGGCCACUUCUACAAAUUUGAUGACGACCGGGUCACGCGAUCGACCAUGAAAGAAGUGCUCGAAGAAAAUUUUGGAGGGGAGUACGCGAACGUCGCCAACGGCGGCCUUGGACAACGUCAACCACACACCCGAGGCUAUUCAACCAAGAGAUCCAUGAAUGCUUACAUGUUGGUGUACAUCCGAAAGAGCAGGCUGGACGACGUCCUUCUCGAUGUGAGCGAGUCCGACAUUCCCGCACACAUCGAGACCAAGAUUGCCGAAGAACAAGCCGAACUUGCGAGGAAGAAGAAAGAGCGUGAGGAGGCCCACCUCUACAUGAAUGUGGGCGUAAUCACAGAGAAGAGCUUUCAAGCCCAUCAUGGUUUCGAUCUGACCAGUUACGAGCUCGAACAGACCGAUCCAGCCAGCGCCCAAGUGUAUCGAGUUCUCCGAACGACCACAAUCAGCGAAUUCGCCGCCACCAUUGCUGAGGAGCUUGGAUUGGAGUCUGAUCAGGUCCGGUUCUGGGUCAUGGUGGGUCGACAAAACAAGACCAAUCGUCCCGACCAGCCCAUUCGUGACGUCGAGAUCACCAUGGAAGAAGCAAUGAACAAGUACGGUUCGAGGGGCCGGCCGUUUUAUCUUUGGGCCGAAAAUGGGACUAAGGGAGACGACGGCAAGAUCCAAUGGCCAGAUGUCACGCAAGCUGUGGGCGGCAACGUGCCAAUUCUGGUUUUCCUCAAAUACUUCGACGUCAAGGCUCAAACUUUGACUGGUGUUGGUCAUGUCUACGUCAAAAAACUGGACAAAGUGCAAGAAAUCGCACCUCAGAUCAAUCGGAUCAUGCACUGGGAUCCAAGCACGCCGAUCCUCUUGUUCGAAGAGAUCAAGUUCUCCAUGAUUGAGGCUAUGAAGCCGAAACAAACCUUCCAACAAUCCGAGAUUCAAGACGGCGACAUCAUCUGCUUCCAACAAAACAUCCCGGAUCUUGACCUGUCCACAGCCACAUAUACCGACGCACGACAAUACUAUGAUUACCUGCUGAACCGGAUACCGCUUAGCUUUUAUCCGAAACCUGGCACCGAGGGAGAAGCAUUCGUACUUAGCCUCAGCAAGAAGAUGACCUAUGACCAAUUUUCUGCUAAGGUCGGGGAGCACCUCAAGGUUGACCCAACUCACAUCCGAUUUGCCACCAUUAGCGCCACCAACAAUAAGAUCAAAAUGUGGAUCAAACGCGGGAUGAACCAUAACCUUCAGCAAAUCCUUCAGUCACAGUUUUCCUCUUAUGGUGGAUAUGCUACUCAUCGCGGAGACUCAUUGUAUUACGAGGUUCUCGAAACAAGUCUCGCAGAUUAUGAGACCAAAAAGAUAAUGAAAGUGAUCUGGCUAAGUGAUGGAAUCAGCAAAGAAGAACCACUGGAAAUCCUCGUCGCUAAGAAUGGCAUCAUCGGGGACUUGGUCGCCGGCAUUGCCAAAAAGCUCAACGUGGACGAAGAGACGGCUCGCAACAUACGGGUGCUCGAAGUACAUGGCGGCAAAAUCCACAAAGAACUGAUCGAAGAUUUCAACGUGGUUGGAGUUAAUGAACAUACCACGCUGUAUGCUGAGAAGAUCCCCGACGAAGAAUUGAACGCCUCCGAAGACGACCGGUUCAUUUAUUGUUAUCACUUCGACAAAGAGGCCAACAAACCCCAUGGUGUGCCGUUCAAGUUUAUGCUCAAACCUGGUGAGCCUCUCAAAGAAAUGAAGGAACGCAUUAGCAAGAGAACAGGCAUCAAGGGCAAAUUGUUGCAGCAAAUCAAGUUUGCACUUGUCUCCCGGACUCUUUAUGCGAAACCGAGGUACAUUGAAGACGACGACAUCAUUGUCGACCUCAUCCAGGACGGAGACGAGAUGCUCGGCCUGGAUCAUGUCAACAAGGCACGCAAUUUCUGGGGAAGAGCCGAGGGGAUGUUCAUUCGGUAG